AUGUAUAUACCAUUUAAAGAAUUACCUUUAAAAUUAAAAAUAAUUCAAAAAAUAUAUUUAUCAACAUAUUUAUCAGGGUCAGGAGCUUUAACAUACAUUAAUCAAAUAAGUCAGCAGGAUCAACAGAGUCUAGAAAAUGAUUUUAAAAGAAUCAUAGAAUUAGAAUAUUCAGACAACUUAAAUACAGCCGAAGAAAAAGAAAAGAAUGAAUUACAUGACAAAAUAGGAAAUACACUUCAUUAUAUCAGGAAUUGUUUAAAGAAAGGAGUACAAGAAUUUAAGAAAACAGACCAAAUAAAAGUAUAUGAUGGAAAAGGAGUAGAAAGAGAAUCUGUAGGAAACCAAAUAAGAUAUGCAAUAGAAUUUUGGACAGAAAUAAUAAAGAAAGAAGAAGAAACAUCUUAA